GCAGCAGCAGCUUCUCGCUCACUUCUAUUUGUUUUUAUACGCUUUGCAGGGCAGACAGCCUUCAAAACAAUAGUUGGACGGGUGUCAAUCCAGGUUCCCCUACAAGUGUAAUCAGCCACGAUGUCUGGAAACAGCUAACCUGACAAAGACAACCAAAAAUUCGUCUUAAGAAAACUGACUGUAAUCACAUUGCCUGGGCCUAAAGGAAAUCUACACCAGAGCACGAUGGAAUGUAAAAUUCCUUCAUACAGCAUGUUACCUGCUUGAAGCAUUCCUCCAUGCAUCGCUUUCAAAGCCUAAUAAAAAUGGAAUCAUUUUUCUAGCAUCAUUCUGGUCCUGCUGCUGCUGGUCGAGCAGCGUCACUACAUGAUCACAUGACUCUGGAUAUGGACUCAGUCCUGUCAGACUUUGUUCGGUCUACAGGGGCUGAACCUGGUCUGGCAAGGGACUUGCUGGAAGGAAAGAACUGGGACCUCACAGCUGCUCUAAGUGACUAUGAACAACUACGGCAGGUGCACACAGCAAAUUUGCCUCAAGUGUUUAAUGAAGGCAAAUACUAUAAGCAGCAGGACAGAGAAAUCACCCAGCAUAUCAACAAGAUCGACAGACCAAACCUCCAAAGACAGGAUGAUCUUGCUCAAGAAAAAAGACUGUCGAGAGGCAUAUCUCAUGCCAGUUCAGCCAUUGUGUCCCUGGCUCGUCUGCAUGUGGCCAAUGAAUGCAGCAGUGAUCCCUUUCCCCUAGAGAUGCCCAUUUAUACAUUCCAGCUACCAGACCUCAGUGUUUACAGCGAGGACUUCAGAGUCUUUAUAGAAAGAGAUUUAAUUGAACAGUCCACAAUGGUGGCUUUGGAGCAGGCAGGGAGGCUGAACUGGUGGUCAACAACAUGCUCAAGCUGCAAACGUCUUCUGCCUUUAGCAACAACCGGAGAUGGAAACUGUCUACUUCAUGCUGCUUCUUUAGGGAUGUGGGGAUUUCAUGACCGAGACCUUGUUCUAAGGAAAGCUCUUUAUACCAUGAUGAGAAGUGGAGCAGAGAGGGAGGCACUGAAGAGGAGAUGGAGGUGGCAGCAGACACAGCAGAACAAGGAGUCUGGACUGGUUUACACAGAGGAUGAAUGGGAGAGAGAGUGGAACGAGCUUCUCAAACUAGCAUCUAGUGAGCCUCGGACACACUUCAGCAAGAAUGGAGGCUCUGGUGGUGGAGUUGACAAUGCAGAGGAUCCAGUGUAUGAAAGUUUAGAAGAAUUCCAUGUCUUUGUCCUUGCUCAUGUACUAAGAAGACCAAUAGUUGUUGUGGCUGAUACAAUGCUUCGUGACUCUGGAGGAGAAGCUUUUGCACCUAUCCCAUUUGGUGGAAUUUACUUACCCCUUGAAGUCCCUCCCAAUAGAUGUCACUGCUCACCACUGGUCCUGGCCUACGAUCAAGCUCAUUUUUCAGCUCUGGUGUCCAUGGAGCAGAAAGAUCAACAACGUGAACAAGCGGUCAUUCCAUUGACAGACUCUGAACACAGGCUUCUUCCCUUGCACUUUGCUGUUGAUCCUGGAAAGGACUGGGAGUGGGGAAAGGAUGAUAAUGACAACAUUAAGCUGGCCAGUUUGAUUCUGUCCCUGGAGGCUAAACUGAACCUUCUGCACAGCUACAUGAAUGUAACCUGGAUACGCAUACCCUCUGAGACACGGGCUCCUCUGGCGCAACCAGAAUCUCCAACAGCAUCUGCAGGAGAAGACGUACAAUCGCUGGCUGACUCUGUUGAAUCCGAUCGUGAAUCAGUCUGUAGUAAUUCCAACGUCAACAAUGGAAAAAAUGGGAAAGAAAAGGAAAAACAAAGAAAAGAGAAGGAAAAAAAUAGAACUGAUUCUGUGGCAAACAAACUGGGAAGCCUCAGCAAAACAUUAGGCAUAAAGCUUAAAAAGAACAUGGGAGGUCUUGGCGGUCUAGUGCAUGGAAAGAUUAACAGAGCUAAUUCAGGCAAUGGAAAAAAUGGAGAUUCCACUGAAAAAUCCAAGAAGUCAAAAUCUCGAAAAGGGAGCAAGGAAGAAUCCGGUCAGUCUGCUAGCACGUCGCCUUCAGAAAAAACUACCCCAUCACCCACAGAUAAAGCUAGCAUCUCUCCCAUUGAAAAACUCACAAACAAAUCAUUAUUAGACAAUAAGUCAGACCCUUGGAAGUAUAGCACAGAUGUUAAACUCAGCCUUAAUAUAUUAAGAGCUGCCAUGCAAGGGGAGCGCAAGUUUAUUUUUGCAGGCCUCCUUCUAACCAGUCACCGGCAUCAAUUUCAUGAAGAGAUGAUUGGUUUUUAUUUGACCAGUGCCCAGGAAAGAUUUAAUGCUGAGCAGGAGCAAAAGAGGAAGGAAGCUGAAAAGAAAGCUGUCCUCAAUGGGUCAUCUUGUAGGAAACUAGACCAGGAGGGAUUUGUCAAAGAAAAACUGGACACAUCUCCUCAGGACAGGUCGUCCCCAGUCUUGCCUCAAAGCCAUACCACGCCACUAGUUCUAAAAUUAAAGGAUCGAUCUAGCCCCACACCUGCAUCCUAUCCCUCACCCAGCAAUGGUGCUAAGAAAAGUGGUCCUGUACCAGUAUCUGCUCAUUAUAGCCAUACACCACCAGUCCAAAGGCAAAGUGUUAUCCAUCUACAUGAUGUCAGCUCCAAGUCAUCAAGCUUCCAAGAUGAUCCUUACAAGCCAUUGGUUGGCUCAUUAAAGACAUGUGCAACAUAUCCCCAACAGAACCGCUCCUUGUCUUCGCAGAGCUACAGCCCAGCUCGAAUAUCGGGCAUCCGCACAGUGAACACAGUGGAAUCCCUUUCAUAUGAAAAACCAACAGAACAUAAAUCUCAAACAUACACAAAUGGUUUUAACUCUACUGACAUUAGAGACUGCUUGGAGUACGCUGAUGAGGAGUCUCCUCAAACGUGGUUGAACAAUGAUAAAAACAGCAGAGUCAGGAAUACGGGCUGCCCUAUAUACUCGCUCCACCAGAGCAGGUGUAAGAAAGAGAACUGCUCUUUCUAUGGACGCCCCGAGACUGAAAAUUUCUGUUCUUACUGCUUCAAAGAAGAGCUGAAACGACGUGAUCGGGAAAAUAAAGUGCACAGGCACUGAAUUUAUUUGAUGGGUUCUGACCUCUUAGAAAUAUAAUUUUUUACAUGCAAAAAUUAAAUACUAAAAUCACUUUAAUUGCAAUGGAACAAAAUAGCCAAAAUCAGAGCGAGCAAGGGAGAAAUGAUAGUGCUGCUUGUUGUUAUACAGGUCGAGAUUUUAUCUGACAGCUUUGUUUGAGGAGGGAGGAAAAAACUUUUUUAGAUUUCUUUUUCUCUAAGUACAUUUCAUAUGUUUGAGCUGGAAGGUUGAUCAUGUCACAGUCAGUGCUAUGUAUGACUUAACUACUAAGGUGCCUGAUUUUCCUUUUUAUUUUUUUCUUUGCUAUCACUCAGGUAAGUAAGAAGGAUCAUUAAAGAGGUCCUGUCAUCAAAACACUUUAUGCAGCCAUUUUGUUUGCUUACCAAUAUUCACCCCAUAAGCUUAUGUGAAAAUCAAAACAUCACUAAGGACAAGCACACAUGGAAAUACAUUUUAAGUCUGACCAAUAUUGCUAUCCUUGUUGUUCCAUAAUCUGUAAUUGGCAAUUAAUAGUGUACUUUUAAUGCAAAAGAAAAAAAAAAUAUUCCCCUCCCUUUUCCCGAGCCUCUGUGGAAAAAGCCUCUUUACCUUGGUGCAGAAGAAAGCACCCUGUACACUGUUCGGGUCUCAGUAUUUAUAAGCUCCUAUUAGAAUAAGUGAAUACAUUUGAAUAUGGGGCCUGGUCAUAUAGAAUAAUGAGCAUGUGCCCAGGUGAUGACAGGGAGCCCAGGUGAAGUGGUCACACCAUAUAAGUAUGUGUCGUAAUCUGAAAAGAGAAAUUAAGCUGGUAAACAUUGCAUCAGACCUACACAGGCCUGGCAGCGGUCAGGAUGAGUUAUUUCCUUAGAAAGUAAUGUCUAGUGGCAGGGAUGGGAGAUAGGAUUCAUCUUGCUUGUGUUAAAACGUACGUAUCCUUUAAAUUUGACAAAAGUACAGUGAAAAGAUGAUGAAAAACUGAAAGAUGAAAGAUUUGUCCCAACAUUGUGAACAUUUUUGAAUGACCUUUCACUUGGUCUCAGUCACAGCCUAACUCAGACAUUACCGAAUUAUUACUAGCAAUGAGAAAAUACUUUUCUUUGCUAGUGAAAAUUGGGAAAUGUAUAGCCAACCUUAUGAAUGAGAACCAGUGUGUUUCACUAGUAUGCGCUCAACUUACAGCUUGCAUUCACAUGAUUGUUUUUUAGCUACUAAAUGGCUGCUUUACUGUGUGCCGAUGAUGGGUCCGGUUUAGGUUUUGUACAGCUGAAGUACCUUUAAUGCACUUUGGCUAUCAUAUUUGUCUUGAUGUAUUAGAAUAUUAAUAUAUACGUUUUUACUAACUUUUUUAGGCUCUGUUGCUUUAUGUGUAUUUUCCAUCAACAUUUUGUAAUUAAUGUGUAUGUGAUGCAUCUCAGCAACAGAUUGAAGAACUUAGCGUAAUGUCUAAAUUGUAGGAUGACUAAAGUCUAAAGCCAUUGUAGACAAGAAUUACCACCAGGAUCUGUUUGGAAAGAUUGUGGUGUGUUUCAUAAAUAAUGGAGGGAAGCUACGUAUUGCGUCCUGUACUGUGAUGAUAUUUAUACAAACAUUGUCUUUCAAUUUUUAGUAAUGCUUUUAUGUCUGCGGGCGCUUCUUGUAACUCUUUCAGAUUUGAUUUUACACCUUGUAUGGCGCUGUCUGUUCAUUACAAAUAAUAACUAAAAUCAUUUCCACAA